CUACCGGAGCGUGCAGUGCGCUGAUCGGCGGUGUGCUGUGUCCCUCGGACACAGCGGAUCACCGAUCCACGGAAAGAGCCGAAGAUCACUGAAGAUCAGUGUGCCCUGAUGAGCUGUGUAGCCCCAGCAAUGCCACCUGUCAGUGCCUAUCAGUGCCAGCUCUCAGUGCUCAUCCAUGCCACCUGCCAGUGCCCAUCAGUGCCUCAUCCAUGCCACAAAUCAGUGCCCAUCUGAACUGCAUUUCAGUGUCACCUAUCAGUGCCACCUAUCAAUGCCAGUCAGUGCCACCUGUCAGUGCUGCCAAUCAGUGCCACCUAUCAGUGCCAGUCAGUGCCGCCUAUCAGUGCCAGUCUGUGCCGCCUAUCAUUGUGCAUCAGUGCUGCCUAUC